AUGAUUUUUAUCUUAUUUACGGAGAGGGAGACAUUGGGACGGAAUCAUCAGUUGCUUCUGGACUCUUGGAGAGAGAAGAUCUAGAUUAAAAAUCUUUUCUCACAGAGUUACCCAUAAAUGCACUUUGCUUAGAGCGUUUUAAAUGAUGAACACUAUUUAAAUCGCCAUAAAAAAAAAACCCUGUUAGCGCAAGAAAGUGAAAUUUUCAAAAAUCUUUCACUUUCAAGGGUUGUAUAGAUUAGAAAGAGUUGGUAGAAAAGUGUGAAAAGGGGGGUUUGUAUAGACAUUGAACUGCGAGAUUACAACCCUCUGUGCUAAAUCAAUUUAGAUCAAAUCUAAUCUACUAAAUUUAGAAUUUACAAAAACUCUAAAAUAUACACUUUGACGUAAAGUAAAAGUAGAACAAUUACAAAAAAAAAAUACAUAAUAUAGUAUAAAAAUGCCGGUCUCCUUCGAUGCUAAUUUGAACCAGAAGCUUUUUGAUCAGGCAGUCGAAGAUGAACUAUUGUACAGCUGUUUAGAGAUUACAAGGGGUUCUAAUUCUAAACUAACAGAUGAAGAUUUAAACAGUUUGAAUGUGGACAGAAAUGUCAACAAUGCAGCCAUAAUUGAUUUCUUUUCUCAUGUACAGAACAGCAGUAGGAUGAGUAUGUACGAGGAGGAUGAGGAGAUGAAGCAGGAACCCUUGAGUGAAGAAGAUUUCAGAGCUCAGGCAAAGGAUCGACAGAAGAAAGAUAAUCACAAUAUGAUUGAACGAAGACGACGAUACAACAUAAACGAUCGGAUAAAAGAACUCGGCACUCUACUACCAAGACAAAAUGAACCGUAUUACGACGUUGUGCGGGAUGUGAGACAGAACAAGGGGUCAAUACUUCGAGCUUCGGUUGAGUAUAUUAAACUACUUAAACAGGAUCAGGCGGCAAAAGUUCAGCUACAGAAACUCUGCGGUGUUCAGCAAUUCAGAAACAGAAAACUUACCUCAAGGAUUCAGGAAUACGAGGAGAGAAUGAGAACUUAUGGAAUACCAAUAGAAUCUUAUUCAACUGAACCAGGUACAAGUAAUUUAAUUAAAAGGACUGCUGUUAGUUUGAGAGGGCAGAGGCGUAUAUGGGAAUUUUUCAAGUAGAAGGAGGGCGGCCAUCUUUAGUACUUUUACAGGGUAGCAGUGGGAGGGGGACCUUGGUGCCUGUUGGGGUCAGAUCAAUUUUUUUCUGGCGAUUUUGAACUUUUUAACGGCAAAGUUUUAAACAAAAUCACGGUUGGUAGUAAAGGGGGGGGGAGUAUGGAAACUACCCUUCCCCCCCCUCACUGUAAAUUUUAUAGGUUCUCCCUUGAUAAAAUCCAUUAUACUUCCCUUUUGAAUAACACUGAUAACCAUUUCUUUGUCAUGUUUCUAAACUACAAAAAAAACUUUAUGCCCUGGGUGGCCUCUUUUUAAUCUAUGGUGAACAUAUCCUGAAACCCAUAUAUUCCCAGCUGAGCUGGGGUAAAAUUUUUACUAUUUUCUCAUGGGUUUAAAAGUAAAAUAUCACCCCAGCUGAGUACAUGAGUACACCU